AUGUUCGCCCUCUCCAUCGCCGCCGUCCUUGCCGCAUUCACCUGCUUCGCCGCUGCUCAGGAGUCUCACCAGAUCGCUAUGACCAACAAUUGCGGAUCCGGCAGCCCCGUUUUCCUCUACGAGGCUAAUGGCAAUCCUCAGGGCCCGACCACUAUCCAAGGCCAAGUGCUCGGCGGCAUCGCCUGGGUCGACGGCUUUGCUGGUGCCAACUGCCAGAGCUCGGGCGUGAACUGCGGAGCCGUCGAGUUCACGCUCCGCAAUGACGCUCCCAACCAGAACGCGGCCGACUUCACGCUCGAAGCCCAGGCUGCGAACGGUAACCACCAGUUCACCUACCCAAUGUCGUUCAGCUACACUGGCGGCGGUGCCUGCGCCGGCAUCAGCGACAAUUGCCCGUCCGCCAGUGACUGUCCCGAUGCGUUCACGGACCCUACCAACGGCACUCCGAAGCAAUGUGUCGGUACUAACGCUGGGAUUCAGAUUACGUUCUGCUAA